UUAUCCAGAAAGUUAAUUUCCCUUCCAACCUUUAAAGCAGUUAUCUGACAGCUGUAUUUGUUUGACCUUUAAUUCGGUCGUUUGGAUUUUGAUUGAAUUUUGGAUUCAAUGGACUCUACUCCGUUGAUUUUUCUUUUUCUUGGACUGCUGCGAGAAGUCACAGGAAAUCCAGGCUCUGCCAAAUCCUGCUUGCCGCAUGCUUUGCGUCUUCAGCGAGUGCAAGCGUUCCCGGUGGAUAAAGAUGUCACUGCCACCGCUUUGAUAAAAGGCUUCAACGGAUUCUUUUUGUGCGCGGCAAAGAAGACGGCACUGAAGUCACAGAGCGCUAUUGCUUGCCGCAACUUUCCCAUAUUCUCCUACGGCCAGACUUAUGACCAGUUUUAUUCGGUAGCCAGAGUCGGUGGCGCAAUUACCGAUUUCAAGGUACUAAGUCGCAGACAGUCCAGUUUGGUAAUAGCCGUGAUCAAGAACGAACCCUCGCUACUUUUCGCUGUGCAUCUUAACGGUUCCUACUUGUCCUUUACCGAGCUGGGACCCAUCGGCAGUAUCGGCGCUCGGUCCAUUCGCAUGGUCCAAAACCGAGACCGCGUAGCUGUCGUCACGUCCAGCAGCCGGCUAUGCCAGAAUGUGGGACACGACUGCAACGUACCCGGCGUCGAGGUCAUCAGCGCCGAAAAUGUGGUGACGCGCUGUGUUAGUUCAGAAUUUGGAGCAUCGUCCGCUGCAACCGGUUGGCCAUUCGGCCGUUUUUUUUACGUUGUGCACGCACUGAAGGAUCACGAAAAUCCGCGCAAGAUGCAGUUGAAACUGUUUCGGCUGGAUGAAAGCGUCGACCCAACACACUGUCUGCUGGAACCGAUGGAGGUCUUGGAUAUUCAAGAUCCGCUUUGCGAUGUCCAUACGUUGCGGUUGUUUCGAGCGUCCGGCAUGUAUUUCUUGUUAAUCGGUAGCCACGACUGUGACAAGCCGCUCAGCGAGAAAAGCGGUUCCACGAGAAACAUCCUAACGGUGCAAUGGAGUCCGAUAACCGGGCUUUUAGAUGGGCAAACGUUGGCAGAACUCAAAGACACCGACCAUGUGCGCGAGGUGACAUCGUUGUCAGCAUCGAUUUUCCUUCUGGACCGACCGAACAUUUACCCGAGCACCAUUCAUUGCUUGACGGCGGAUAUCUUACGCAGCAGUUACGCUUCACAAGGCAUCCACCGGGCGGAGCUGGACACCAUUGCCACGCUUCCACCAUCCCCUGGUGCUUCGAAAUUUACAUCGAUGAACACAAAUGAAGGGCUUAUUUUUCUUGCAAGAAUCAGCGAUGAUGUUAAACGAGGCCAUACGGUGGAAAUCGACCAGUUGUCAUGCAGUCAAGACGGUGAUGCUGGACACAAAGGAGUCGUUUACGAUGCCACGAACAGCUCCGCUCGACAGGGAAUCAGUUUGGACGAUUUUCAAAAAAUCGACUCAAAACAAGGUCGACCGUACAUGUCCGGGGCGAAAGCAAAAGGUGGAGCAUCUUCUACUAAACAAGUCCUCACAAACUGGAUUGGCGAUCUGCACGAUUACGAGGAUUCUGUGCCGCUGUUAGUUCCUGUUGCCCCUGUUAAACGAAACAGUGCACCUUUCGGGGAUUACGCUGGUGGUAAUGGGACAAUGGGGCAACAAUAUCCGUCGAAUGCUCCGGAUCCAGCGAAACAGUACCAAACGCCGGGAAGACCGACGCCUGAUGCGUCAUAUAACUCUUCUGAGGCCACUGUGCAGUACCCCACUGUUCCUCUAGUGUGGCCGGGAAGCCGUCGCCUCAAGUUUCCGGAGGAGCUGGAGUCUGAGGAGUCCGCAUAUGAAGAAAUUCCGUACGCACAGUUUAUUGCUGAAACAACAACUCAUCAUCUACACGAAGACGGCGAGGAGGAUUAUCCAACUGCUCAUAAGGGCAUUUCUUAUGUCAAUGAUUCAGCGGAUCUGCUUGGACUGGAAGCGUCCAAUGUUGCCCUGAUUAAGUCCCAUUCCAACAACGAAACUAUACCGAUUGGCUAUCAUCACGAAGAAGAAGGACACUACGAUUCCAUGCAUCACCAAAGAGUUUCUUACAGCAAUGAUUCCACAGAAUUCUUUGAUGAAGAAGGACCGGACGCUGCAAAAUACGGAACCCAACAGUAUAAUUCAGCCAAAGGUUACAAAGUGGUACGACCGCUUGCUCCGCACCACGGACAUCAUCACGGUGUGCGGUACGGACAUGGGCAAAAGGCCAAUGCAUCCAGAGUUUCCUCGGACGAGAUGGAAUACGAUCACGACGACCACGAAUAUUCCGAAUACGAAUCCCACGAUGAACACAGCGUACACUACAACGCAAGUGGUGAGUACCCUGACACGCCAGUGAAAGCGCCUGCUCCGCCUCCACCAGCCGUCCAGCCGCAUAAGGAUCACUACAACAACGUGCAUUACGAGUAUUACGACGAUUACACCGAGUCGGACACGGAGCAUGAGCAUCCUUAUAACCAGAGCGGACGCGCCGGACCGGUUCAAAAUCCGCAACCUGCACCGCAACUUGUCGCUCCUCAUGGCUACUCCGGAAGACGACUGCAUUACGAGCGCCCUUCCAGUCUCCGGUUUGACAAUGGCCCCAAUCUGCACAACCAUUCUGAAGCGGUUCCCGGUUAUGCUCACAUCCAGCCGGCGAUGGAGCAUAUACAAGAGCACCACGAGAUGUCCUAUCAUGACACGGAUUACGAGAACCUGCCACCCAUUCGCUACAAUGAUUCCGCAUACGACAUCGAUGCUGUGGAACGUCGCAACGAGACUGUGUAUACAGCGCCCGCGGUUGCAGUCGCUCCACUGCAGCAAUUCCCAUCGGUUCCUGUUCAGUUGCAGCCGCUCCCAGCGCAGUAUCCACCAAGACCAUUGCCGAACGGUGUGCGUUAUACUGACGUGAGAGGACUUCAUUACCAGCACGGUCAAAAUUAUCGCAAUUACUCUGAAGUAUUGCCGCAACAAGAAACAAGAGUGGAGACUUAUAAUGUGCCCUUGCCUCCUUAUCCACAAGCUCCCGAACCACAACCCCAGAUUAUGCAGCAACCACCGCAGCCAGUUGGACAACCGCAACAUGGUGUGAGAUACACAGAUUUAAGUGGCAUCCAUUUUCAACAUGGUCCAAAGCACAGGAACUAUUCCGAAGCGCUCCCGCCCUACCAACAAGCGCCGCCGGCGCUCGUUCCGGCUAAUGUAUUGCCUCCUUAUCCCCAACCAUCAGGCGUCCAGCCAUAUGUUUUUCCAAUUUCGUAUUCCCAACAUGGUGUGCGUUAUACCGACAAGAGUGGAAUUCGUUAUCAACAAGGUCCCAAACAACGGAAUUCUUCUGAACAGCUUCCGCCUUAUCUAACUCCACCGGUGUCAGUUCCAGUUGUUCCUUCUGUUUUGUACACCCCAUCUGAAACCGUACAGUAUGUUGACCCUCGUCCGGCUGUUUACCCACAACACGGCGUACGCUAUACGGACCAGAGCGGUAUCCACUAUCAACAUGGCUCGACAAAACGAAAUUAUUCUGAAGUGCUGCCGCCGUUAGCCCAGCCAACACCCACCGCUACUGUCCCGUUAAGUGCGCUUCCUUAUCCACCGUACGAGGUCGCGCAAUACGUGCAAGCAGCAAACGGAACCGUUAAAAAACGCCGAUUACGAUUUUACAAGAAUGACACCGGCGAUAGUAGACUCCUAAUGGAAUUAGGAGAAAACGCAAUGUAUCGCACAAACUACUCCGAUUCUCUCCCUGGUCCGUUUACCGAAUCCAGCACGGUAGUGGCCGAUACAAUCCAAAUUGACCAGCGCGAGCCCGCAUCACCCCUUCUACCCGCCGUUAACCCGACUGUGCCUGGAGGAAUGGGAAUUCACCGCAUACGGUACAACCAGACAAUGCCGACACCAAAAAGUUUGGGCAUUCGUUAUCAUAGUGGUCCUAAUCGUGCUCGAUAA